AUGGCCCCGGCCGGCUCGGGCUCAUGCGUCGCCUCCUCCUCCUCCGCGCCUCCUCCCCCCCGACCUCCUCCAGUUCACCACCACCACCACCCUCCUCCUCUAGUGGACCCCCUGACGUCUGUGGGGGCGCGGAGCAGGCCCAGCCCCAUCAGCACCUCCUCCUCCAUGCGCGCCUCCCUACAGGUGUACCUGCUGGAUGAAGGAGGAGGAGGAGGAGGAGGUGGAGGAGGAGGUGCUGCUACUGGAGGUCUUUCUGCUGGUGGUGUAGGCACCUGUGGAGGAGGAGGUGGAGGUGGAGGAGGUGCGGGGAGUCCCGGGGCUGGCAGUGGUGUUGGUUUCUUCCCCGGCGUGGAGGAACUGGGUCUGGGUCUCGGUACCGGUACCGGUACUGGUGCUAGUACUGCUGCUGGUGGUGGUACCGGGUCAGGGCCGUGCGGCGGUUCUGGUUCCGGGCUGAAGUCUCCGUCUCCGGACUGGCUGUACGAGUCCUACUACCGCAUGAGCCAGCAGCACCCCCUCAUCGUGUUCCUGCUGCUCAUCGUCAUGGGAGCCUGCCUGGCACUCAUCGCCGUCUUCUUCGCAUCCGGACUGGACCUGCAGGACCACGUGGCGUUCGUCAUCACCGUGCCGACGGUGCUGGCCCUCUUCCUGGUGCUCUUCGUGCUGGUCUGCAUCGAGUGGGUCUUCAAGAAGCUGCUGCGCCUCUUCUCCCUGCUCAUCUGGGGCUGCCUGGUCGCCAUGGGAUACCUCUUCAUGUUCUACGGAGGCAUCAUCUGCCCCUGGGACCAGGUGUCGUUUUUCCUCUUCAUCGUGUUCGUGGCAUACACCAUGCUGCCCUUCUCCAUGCGUGAGGCCGUGCUGGCGAGCGUCUUGACCUCCGCGUCCCACACCCUGGUCCUCACGGCCUGUCUCGCCACGCGCACCGAAGAGGCCAACAUGGAGCCCAUCGUCUGGCAGAUCCUGGCCAACAUCAUCAUUUUUGUGUGCGGUAACGUGGCGGGAGCGUAUCAUAAGCACCUGAUGGACUUGGCCCUCAGGCAGACCUACCUGGACACCUGUAACUGCAUCAAGUCCCCCAUCAAACUGGAGUUCGAGAAGCACCAGCAGGAGCGCUUGCUGCUGUCGCUACUGCCCGCCCAUAUCGCCCGCGUGAUGAAGGCGGAGAUCAUUCAGAGGCUGAAGGGGCCGAACUCUGGCGGAGGGCAGGCGGAGAACACCAACAACUUCCACAACCUCUACGUGCAGCGACACACCAACGUCAGUAUUCUGUAUGCGGACAUCGUGGGCUUCACUCGGCUGGCCAGCGACUGCUCUCCUGGGGAACUCGUCCACACACUCAACGAGCUCUUCGGCAAGUUCGACCAGAUCGCCAAGGAGAAUGACUGCAUGCGUAUCAAGAUCUUGGGUGAUUGCUACUACUGUGUGUCCGGCCUCCCCGAGUCGCUCCCCGACCACGCCCGCAACUGCGUCAAGAUGGGGCUCGAGAUGUGUGAAGCUAUCAAGAAGGUGCGAGACGCCACCAACGUGGACAUCAACAUGCGUGUCGGGGUGCAUUCUGGGAACGUGCUGUGCGGUGUCAUCGGCCUGCAGAAGUGGCAGUACGACGUCUGGUCACAUGACGUCACGCUGGCCAAUCACAUGGAGGCGGGCGGCGUGCCGGGGAGGGUCCACAUCUCCUCGGUGACGCUGGAGCACCUGAACGGGGCCUACAAGGUGGAGAAAGGUGACGGCCAGAUCCGAGACCCGUACCUGAAGGAGCACGGAGUCACCACGUACCUCGUCAUCAACCCCAAGCAAUGGGGUAAGUCGUCAUGGUGCUGUGUUCCCUGGUUGCCGAGCUCCUCCCGGAUCAUCGCCCGUAACCCCUGGAUACGCCUGCUGCUCACCAUGACAACCACCGCCCUCAUCCUGGUCAUGGCCGUCUUCAACAUGUUUUUCCUGGAGGAGGAGAGGGGUGUGCUGGUGCCUGCUCUAAAUUCCUCCAAUGAGACCAACGUGGUCAGCUCUGCAGAGUACAUGACACAGUAUGCGGACGAGGACAAGUUCUAUUUGCCUUAUUUCAUCUACAGCUGUAUCCUGGGCCUGGUGUCGUGCUCGGUGUUCCUGCGCAUCAACUACGAGCUGAAGAUGUUGAUCAUGCUGGCGGCGGUGGUGGCCUACAACGUCAUCAUCCUGCAGACCUACGCCGCCGUCCUGGACGAAUACAGCACCGCACUCUACAGAACACAGCCACUGGAGAGGCCGGGGGUGUUAAAGGAUCUGAAGACGAUGGGCUCGGUCUCUUUGUUUAUCUUCUUCAUCACGCUGCUUGUGCUGGCUCGACAGAAUGAAUAUUACUGUAGGUUGGACUUCGUCUGGAAGAACAAGUUCAAGAAGGAGUGCGAGGAGAUCGAGACCAUGGAGAACCUCAACCGGGUUCUACUGGAGAACGUUCUACCUGCGCACGUGGCGGAACACUUUCUGAAGAGGAGCUGGAAGAACGAGGACCUGUACCACCAGUCGUACGAGCUGGUGUGUGUGAUGUUCGCGUCCAUCCCGGACUUCAAGGAGUUCUACACGGAGUCGGAUGUCAACAAGGAGGGACUAGAGUGUCUCCGGCUGCUCAACGAGAUCAUCGCAGACUUCGAUGAGCUGCUGUCGAAACCCAAGUUCAGUGGCGUGGAGAAGAUCAAGACCAUCGGCAGCACCUACAUGGCCGCCACCGGACUGAACGUCACGCCGGGACCAGACUGCACACAGGAUGAUCGGCAGUAUAUGCAUAUUGGCACCAUGGUUGAGUUUGCCUUCGCACUGGUGGGGAAACUGGAUGUCAUUAAUAAACAUUCCUUCAACGACUUCAAAUUAAGAGUCGGUAUAAACCACGGGCCUGUGAUCGCGGGGGUGAUCGGAGCCCAGAAGCCUCAAUAUGACAUCUGGGGAAACAGCGUGAACGUGGCCAGCAGAAUGGAGAGCACAGGAGUGCUGGGCAAAAUACAGGUUACCGAGGAGACGAGUCGAGUUCUGCAGACCCUGGGCUACUCCUGUUCCUGUCGGGGCAUCAUCAAUGUCAAAGGCAAAGGGGAACUCAAGACCUUCUUUGUCCACACCGAGAUGACCCGCUCGCUCUCGCAAGGGACACUCAUGCCCUGAAC